GCGGGGCUGGGGCCCAGGGCUCGCACGGCACCUGCUGCCGGAGCUCCGAGCCCAGGGCCCGGAGGAGGAGGAGCCGGCCGGGCAGGUGCGCUGGGGCCCGGCCCUGCCCUGCCCAGCCCCGCCCGCAGCCGCUCUGCCCUCGGCUCCGGGAUGCGUUGAGCCGGCCGGGAGGACGAAGGAGAUGGAGCCGCUGGAGACGAACAGCAGCUGCAGCAACGGGUCUCUGGUAACCCUCUCAUGCUUCUCCCACCGGGUCGUGUGCCAAGUGAUCAGCGAUGCUGACCCAAAUAACUCUGUCCAGGACAAUGGGACUUUAGAUUACUCUUGGAUAACUCAGCUGGAAAACAAUUAUGGAUUCUACAUUGGAUUGGGCUUGGCUGUCUUCUCUAGCUUCCUUAUUGGAAGUAGCAUCAUCCUCAAGAAGAAGGGGCUGCUACGCCUGGUGGAGAAGGGAGGCACCAGGGCAGGAGAUGGAGGCCACGGCUACCUAAAGGACUGGCUCUGGUGGGCUGGCUUGUUAACUAUGGGUGGAGGGGAAGCUGCCAACUUUGCUGCCUAUGCCUUUGCUCCUGCAACUAUUGUCACGCCCCUGGGGGCUCUGAGCGUUCUCAUAAGUGCCAUCCUGUCCUCCUAUUUGCUUGGAGAACGGCUCAACCUGCUGGGAAAGCUGGGCUGCAUGCUCAGCCUGGUGGGCAGCACUGUGAUGGUGAUACAUGCUCCAGAGGAUGAGGAGGUCACCACUCUGGAUGAAAUGUGCUCUAAGCUGAAAGAGCCAGGUUUCCUUGCUUAUGCUGCGAUCCUCUUGGCUCUCUGCUUCCUCCUGAUCUUCUACCUCGCACCCCGCUAUGGCCAGAGGAACAUCCUCGUCUACCUCACCAUCUGCUCUGUUAUUGGAGCCUUCUCCGUGUCCUCUGUCAAGGGCCUGGGUAUUGCCAUCAAGGGCUUCUUUGGUGGUCAGCCUGUGUUGCAGCACCCACUGACAUGGAUCCUAAUCAUCACGCUGGUGGCAUCCAUCACUACACAAAUUAACUACCUCAAUAAGUCGCUAGACAUUUUCAACACCUCUUUGGUGUUUCCCAUCUACUAUGUGCUGUUCACCACCAUCGUCAUCACAACUUCCAUCAUCCUCUUUAAGGAGUGGGUCACCAUGACUGUAGUCGACAUCAUUGGGACAGUUUGUGGCUUCCUCACCAUCAUUUUGGGAGUGUUUUUACUCCAUGCCUUCAAAGAUAUGGACAUCAGCUUAGGGAAUCUACCACAAGUCCUCCAGAGUGGACAGGAAGCACCAGUCACCCGAGAUGACAAGAACAUCCUGAUAGAGGUGGACAAUGCCAGCAUCGCCCCAGAGGAUAAACCCAAAACACUUGCCUGAACUCUAUAAUACAGACCAGUAUCUCAAAAGGAGGUGAGAGACAAGGACUGAACGGUGCACGCCUGCUAUUCAGACUCUGCUCGUCCACAGUUAAUUACUUGCUCUGCAAAUAAUAAGAAUAUUGGUGAACAUGGGCAAAAUGUGCCAAGUUUUGGAAUAGGUACUUACUUGUGCUCAGUGGCAGGACCCAAGCCAUGAAGUGUUUUUACAGGAUCAUUGCAGAGAAAUCUUUUUCACCCUUUGUUUCUUGGGAGGUGCCAGAGUAUCUUGGGGCUGGAAUAUGCAAUCUCUCAUUUUAAUAACAUUUCAGUACUUUAUUUUUAAUCUGGAAAGGGAAAUAAAGGCUUUUAUAUUAAAAAAAAUAACCCAAAACUUG